AAGAUGGCGCCGCCCAUGGUGCAGGUGCUCCCGUGAGCGUUUCUGGCGGCUGAAGAGGAUGCCUUCUGCGAUGGGGCUUAAUGGGGGGCUGUUGCGGGGCAGGGUUUGGGACGCCCGCAGGGCUGCGCUGCAGCUGCCAAAGCCCCAGAGGGGCUCCAUGUGGGUGCUGUCGCUGCUGGAGCUCAGUCGGGGAGCAGGGAGCUUUCCCCGGAGGGCGUCUCUGGGGCCGCUCCUGAGACCCCCAAGUGAAGCGCUCAGUCCCCCGUGCGUGGCGUCCCGGGGGGGCAAGAGAGGGCUGUUUCUGCCCCCCCCAGAUAAUGCAUUUCUGGCUCCCCCUAGGGAGCCUUCUCAAAAUCCUCAGCGAGGCUUGCUGCGCGACCCCCGUAAGGCCUUUCGAGGCCUCCCCCUGAGGCUUCCUCCAGAGGAGCUCUCGAGGGGCCUGGCAAAAGCAGCGGGGCGGAAGAACGCCAGGGAGUUGCAAGAAGCCGACGACGCGGCCCCCAUUUUCCAGUACGUGGGGAGACAAGCCAAGAGGAAGGACCGGGUGUUUGUGUGGGGCUUCUGCUACUCGGGGGCUUUGGGCAUCCCCACCUUCGUCGUGCCUGACCCUGGAUUCCGAAAGCGGAGGAUCCAGCCCACUCCGUAUCGCCUGCAGGUGGAGGACAAGAUCUCCUCUGCUGCCUGUGGCUACGGGUUUACACUUCUGUCCUCCCGAACAACUGACAUCACCAAAGUCUGGGGGACGGGCCUCAACACAGAUUCCCAGAUUGGAUUUCAUCCGAGCAGGAGAGAUCGGUCGAAAGGCUAUGAGUAUGUCUUGGAGCCGAGUCCCGUCGCGCUGCCCCUGGACAAGCCACAGCAGACCCGAGUCGUGCAGGUGUCCUGUGGGAGAGCUCACUCCCUAGUGCUGACGGACGCUGAAGGAGUCUUCAGCAUGGGCAACAACUCCUAUGGGCAAUGCGGCCGGAAAGUGGUUGAAGGUGAAAUUUACAGUGAGAGUCAGCUGAUUAACCGACUGCCAGAGUUUGAAGACAGAGUUGUCCAAGUCGCUUGUGGGCAGGACCACAGUCUCUUUCGGGCUGAGACGGGAGAUGUCUACUCCUGUGGGUGGGGAGCUGACGGCCAGACAGGACUCGGCCAUUACGACAUUGUCAGUACCCCCACAAAACUCGGCGGUGACAUUGCCGGUGUGCACAUUGUUCAGGUUGCGACCUAUGGCGAUUGCUGCCUCGCCGUGUCUGAAGAUGGCGACCUCUUUGGCUGGGGGAACUCGGAAUACCUGCAGCUGGCUUCCAUUACCGAGUCGACCCAGGUAAAUGUGCCGAGACACCUUCCCUUCAAGGUCGGGAGAGUGAAGGAAGCUGCCUGUGGAGGGACAGUCAACGCUCUCUUAAAUGAGGAAGGUGCCGUCUUCGUGUGGGGCUACGGAAUCCUUGGGAAAGGACCGAAGGUGAUGGAAGCGGAGACCCCUGAAAUGAUCCCCCCCACCCUUUUCGGCUUGUCGGACUUCAACCCGGACGUCCGCGUGGCUCGGAUCCGUUGUGGGCUCAGCCAGUUUGCUGCUGUCACCAACCAAGGCGAACUGUUUGUAUGGGGCAAGAACGUGAGAGGUUGCUUGGGGAUCGGCAGGAUGGAAGACCAGUACUUCCCAUGGAAGGUGACUGUGCCCGGCGAAGUGGUGGAUGUCGCCUGUGGGGUCGACCACAUGGUCACUCUGGUUAAAUCUCUUGUGUAGCAAUGGCGCGAUACACCAGCACCCGCCCACACAGGACAAAACUACAACAGUAUCAACCUUUUCCCCCGCCCCCUCCCAACGGGUGCUCCUAGUGGUUCUUUGGGGCUGAUGCCAGAGUGACUCAUGAGCCAGUGAAUGACAAGCAAGACCAUGCACAAAAACGUCAGAGCAGCCCACUCCGUGCGAGAGCUAGCUUUGUUUUGUUGAAAUUCGGAUGUGCCUGUUGAGGACUCGGCAGCCCGGGGCUCAAGACCGUGCUGCUGGCGCCUGCUGAGAAGGACUGGGUUUAUUUUUAGUGGGUCGUGUGGAACAUUUUACAGCGUUCCAGAGAUGCUCUGCUGAGAUGAUGGAAUGUUCUGGGUUUUUUUGUUUUGUUCCUUAAUUUCCAACACCCGGGUCGUUAUUGCUGUAAAAGCAGGGGCAAGGAAUCUGUGGCCCUCCAGAGGUGGUUGAACUCCAUCAAGUCUUGGCCCGUGUGGCCAACAGGCACGGAUAAUGGGAGUUGGUGUCCAAUCCCAGCCGGAGGACUGCAGGUUCCCCAGCCCCGUUCUAAAAGGAUCACAGACUCUUCCCGAAAGUCUUGUUCCUGAAAUUUCUUUACGGAAUCAUCACCACCACCCCUUUGGCUUCUUCCCCCCACCUUAGCCCCCACUGCGUGCUGCACCCAAGUGAGUGCCGCUGGUAGAUACCACGCCAUCGUUCAUCGCAAAGCAAGCAGAGAGCUCUCCAAAUCUCAUCAAUCUGACAGGCAUCACACAUGCUGUGUUUGAACUCCUGCUAGGAUGACAAGCUAGUGUGCCGGCAUCUGUUUUCAAGCUGCUGGUAACUCAUCGUAUCUGUGUUCUCUGCACGCAUCCGCUUACCUUUACACAAGGUAAGAAUGGUUGUAAAACAAAUCAAUGUAAGGCUAAAUUUUGCAUUAAAAGGCUGGCAAUUCCAGAUUACAA